CUGUACAUUAUUUACAUGUGCAUAUUAUUUUAUCAUGCUAUAUAUCUUUCUUCAUUGCUCUCAGUGUAUAUAACUUUUUAUUAACCCUUUUUAUGUACAGUUUACAUAUGCAAAUAAUUUAUCAUGGUAUACAACGUCCUUUUAAUUGCAUACAUCUAAAAUCAUUGCACUCAUUGUACAUAAGUCCUUCUCUGUAUACAAUACCUUCCUUAUUGCACCAACUAUACAGUAAGCAUUUGCUCAUGGACUCAUUGCAUUUACCUCCUUCACUGUAGUUCAUAAUGUAUAUUCAAAUUAAUUUGCACUGCGAUUUGAAAUACACUAUUGGUUGGAUGUUAACUGUAUUUUGUUGUCUUGUAACCUACAGGUACAUAUAUAUUUUUUUUUCGUUAGUGACCUAGUAGCGUAGCCUGCCUGUAUAACGCUUCCACGGCCCUAUACUUUAUGUACUGAAUCUAGAAACUUCUUCGGCUCUGAGGGCGCCCGCUUGCUUUGUUCGCGUACAUCUGGCAACCCUAACUGGAACCGCUCCCUUAAGCGCCGUUAUGAUCACUUUCAGGUGACAGAUGUCGAGAGUUCAUUUUUGAAAUUAAACUGUUAUAGAUAUGAAGGUCAUCAUGCAUGUGCGGAGGGUAAAAUUGUUGGUGGGAUUUGCAAUACUGGGACUAUUAGUAGCUGUUCGUUUUCAGCUCUGGCCCCUAAGAACUUCAAAUGUGAUACACAAUCAAAAAAGACUAAAUUCUGCUAAAGAGGAGCUUCUUAAACAUAAUAUACACAGAAAGAACAGUGACGAGAGUAUUUCCUACCAGAACAAACAAACUGCAGCACGAAAUGAGUGUGUCUGUAAAGGAGACUCAUGGCAUAUUAACGUGCCGUUUGGGCACUUGUUCUUUCCUUGGGUGCAAGCUGAGGACCUGCAGUCUGCAUUCAAAGCCUCAGAGUUGGAAGAAAUAAAAAAGCGUCGAAAACACGAGUACAGAGUCUUUCUCAAAAGGUCAAAUAAUGCAGAAAAACUCAUUGUUGCUGAAGCCAACAUUCCUCUUCAGUACCCCACCCAGGGAGUGGAAGUCCGUCCUAAAAAGUCCAUUUUAAUUCCUGGGUUGGGUCUGAAACCUAAGUCAAGGGAGUUUUAUUCAGUCACUUUAACUGCCAGCAUGGGUACAUUUGGUGUAGCAGCUUUGGUGGAUGAUGUCAGCAAAGCCGGGGAAGGGAAAAUGCGCAUGACCCUCUCCAGCCCAUUUUUAAAUGCUCUUAACAGACAGCUGCAGUUCGUCACGUAUACAAAUACAAUUUUUCAUCCCAAUACUGCAGACAUAGUGCAAUUUGCGAUUGAUGGCUUCCAGGCAGCCUUCACCAUCAAAAUCCGACAUGAACUAAUUCCUAAACUCUAUGAUACUGGACCUGCUGGACCUACUGGAGAAUACGACAUAAGCAAGCUUGUCACAAUUGCUACAAAAACAUUUAUUCGUUAUGACAAGCUUCAGGAUUUGAUUGACAGCAUUCGACAGUUCUAUCCAACGGUCACGAUAAUUAUAGCUGAUGACAGCGAGCAUCCCAAGCCUUUAACUGGCCCUUACAUAGAGCAUUACACCAUGCCUUUUAAAAAGGGUUGGUUUGCUGGGCGUAAUCUUGCUGUCUCUCAGGUGACGACUAAGUAUGUGCUGUGGGUGGAUGAUGACUUCAUCUUCACCUCUAAAACAAACUUGGAGAAAAUGGUGGAUGUUUUGGAGAGCACCAGUUUAGACUUGGUUGGAGGGGCUGUCAAGGAAGUCUCAGGAUAUGUUGCAACCUAUCGCAAUAUCAUCUCAUCGGAAAAAGGUGGAGAAGAUGGAGACUGUUUACACAUAAGAAGAGGCUUUUAUCAUGCCCUUGAGGGCUUUCCUAAUUGUGUGGUUACAGAUGGUGUUGUUAACUUCUUUAUGGCACGCACAGAUAAAGUGCAGCAAGUGGGCUUUGACCCUCUCCUGGCACGCGCCGCACACCUAGAGUUUUUUGUUGAUGGCCUUGGUGAUCUCCAUGUGGCUUCCUGUGAUGACAUUGUAGUCAACCAUGCAUCAAAGAUCAAAGGGAUGUUACCAUGGGGACAGUCAGAAACUGAUAAGUCCUAUUCUAAGUUUCGUUAUGUCGACUAUGCUGGCAAAGUAAAUGGUCUUUAUUACUUUAAGAACCAUUUUAAAUGCUUAACCAGUAAUGCCUAACUGUGAUUCUACCCUAGUUUUAAGUAAUGUCAUUUGCAAAUUUAUACAGCUGUCACUGAAAACAUGACCAUGUGCCUAAACA